AUGGAACUUCCAUACGAACAUUUCUUUGUUAGAAAGUAUUCCCGUGGGAAUUCAUACACACUAGACGAGGAUUUCAAAGAUAAAAAAUUUAAAGUAAAAUUCAUCAACAAAUACUUCAUUGGCAUUUGUGUGCUAGUACCAGCCAUAGUAAUUGGUAUAACGAUCUUCAUGUUGACAUAUAGACCAGGGUCUAAGCUCUUUAAGUACAGAUUUGAAAAACCGGUACCCGUCAAAACAUUAACCGCUAUUUACUCCGAUAAAAUUUUAGAUUGCGUUAAAAGUAGCGAACUUUGCAAAGAUUUAGAGGGAUUAAAAUUGAAAUAUUUAGAAAGAUUGCAAAGAAAAUUGAAGGAAAAGGGAGUAGAGAUAGUUGAUGUAGAUGACCUGUACUGCACAAGUGAAACUAUGGAUAAGUUUUGUCAUAGUAUAAAGGGUGAAAAGGUCGGUUUAACGACAAAGGAGCUGAAAACAAUAAUAAGUUAUUUAGUAGAUAAGAAAAUAGAACUAGAUGAUGACUUUGAAGUGGAAACAAUAAUUAAGUUCAAAAAGUUUGUGAGAACAUUUAAAAAGGAAUACGCGAAUGCGGAUAGAUACAAAAUAAGAUAUUCGUACUUCAGGAGGAAUAGGGUGUAUAUAGAGACUUUUAAUUCAGAUAAGGAUCGUAUGUAUACUCUGGGUUACACGAGUGCAGCGGAUAGAUCAGAAGUUGAAAUGACGGGAGGAAUCCUUGACUCAAAUACAAUCAAAUACGUGCCUGAAGACGACCCUUUGAGCUCUGGAUACGGACAAAUCAAAGACCCUAACUACUACCCGGGGAAGCUGUUUGAUUGGAGAGACAAGGGAGUAAUAAUACCCAUAAGGGACCAAGGUCGCUGCGGCUCCUGCUGGGCUUUUGCGUCAGCAGACCUUAUUUCAGCAGCACUAGCAAUAGGAGGUGGCAGCAAACUCACAUUUAGUGUGCAGCAAAUGCUGGACUGCAUACUUCCGCAGUUUAGAUGUGAAGAAGGAGGGGUCCCACUGCUUGGAGUCAGAUACGCAAUCACAAACCCCUACUGCACAGAAGAGGAGUACCCAUAUAAAAAGGAAGACUUUAUAUGUAAGCAGCCGAACCAAUGUAAGAAUAAACUUAUAAUGAAAAUGAUGUCACUAAAAAAAAAGGAUUUAAUAGAACACUUGGAAAGGGAAGGCCCAUUCUUAAUCAACAUGUACGCAGACAAGGACUUCAUGCUCUAUAAGGAGGGAAUAUACCGCUUCAGAAAUUGCAGAAGGAGCAACCAUGCUGUGAUAGUAGUGGGACAUGGAUACGAUGACACACACAAGGCACACUACUGGAUAGUGAGGAACUCUUGGGGAGAAAAUUGGGGAGAAAAGGGCUACUUCAGAGUAGUCAACGACUUCGAAUACUUAGACGGAACAAAACACUACUACUGUGAUCUUCAAUCGAAGGCAUUGGGACUAAAGUUAAAAUAA